CAAAGAGCGAACCGUUUCCCGUUUUGAAUCUCGAAUUUUCGAAGAUAUGUUUUCGACACGAUACAAAUCCUCACUGCCGUUAGGCAGAUUGAUGGUGGUCAUUUAUAUUACCGUUUCAAGUAUUGGCCACCAUUCGCGAGCAGUGGAAGUGCCAUCGAACUGCAUCCAGCAUACGGACAGCACCGGGACGUUCGAUCAGUACUACGAACUGGAUAAGAUCGGGAACCAGCGGUCGGAAGCAGUUCCGGUUGACUUCACAAUGUACGUUGAGGUGCAGAACUUCCAGGAGGAAAUCGCUAUUUUGCUUUCGAGUAAGGAUCGGUCCAACGAGUUCCCAGAUUUUGCCCGAACCUAUGAGAUUCGGGUGGGUAACGUGUACACGGUCAUCUACCGGGAGACGUUGAAGAUGCAAGCUUACCACGCCCCGAAAACCGUUUCGGCGGAAAAUUGUUCGAAAAAAGAAGGGGAAAAGCGAUGCGGAUGCGGUGAAACUCCACCGUCCUGUAUCGAGCCGAAGCUGUUCCCGGAGGAUAAGUUCAAGAUUCAUUUUAAAAUACGUCGCGAAGGAAACAUCACCGUUACGAUCGACGAUAACGUACGGAGGCCACUGCUGAACGUGGACGACGAGCACAGGGCGUUGGAUGUGCGGUAUAUUAGCUUUGCGUCGCGUUACAACGCUUAUCCGAUAACGUUUCAUUUUGGUUGUAUUAAUGCGGUACCGAGCACGGAGGGGCCAAGGGCGGAAGCGAUGACCGGAUGCCCGGUAUGUCCUAGGCAGAAGUGUGAAGUUAUCGUGAAGGCGUGCACCGAUAACAACAAGGACGCAGCCGGAGAAGAUCCGGAAAAGCAAAAGUACUAUUUUUAUUUUAAUAUGUUUCUGAGUAAGAACCGUGGUAAGGGCGGACCAACGGAGACGAAUCAGUUGGAUUGA